AUGGAUCUACUCCUACGAGAGGAGGCUGGGAGAGCCCAGGACAUUGCAGAAAUUCUCAGUACGAUCCGGACCAGCGAUCAGGAUCAUGAGCAGGACAUUACCUUGGCGAUCACGGGGCUGAACGGCUUGAGCUGGGCGCUGCGGGAGCUCAACAACCAGAUCGAUGCGGUGCACGGGAAGGUCAACCCAAACUUUGCAGGCGACCUGAAACUCCUCCAGCAUAGUGUCGCCUUCACUCUUCAAGACGUAUGGACUAUGCUGGGCAAGUUACCUCGCGCCCCAGUCGCAGCAGACUAUCAAGAUGCCUGGAAAGAAAUUGCCCGAUAUUGCAUGAACAUGGGAAAGCAGACCCUCCACACACGACUAGACACAUACAAACUCUUCACCUAUUCACUAUGCAAAGUCCUUUCAAGGGAAUCCUUCAAUCGACGGCAUCUCGAGGAUUUGCGCCUCGAGAUUUUUGAUCUUCAAACCCUACAACGCGAAGAAAGACGAUUGAUAUCAGCCUCGGAGACAUUCCCUACUCUUUCUAUGGUGCCAGUCCAACAAGGUCACUCGCUCCUUCUGCAGGAACCAGAGCCUCAACGACCCAUGUCGCCGACAACCUCCCAAGACAGUUACGACACAUUCCAGCACCAAGCGGUUCCCAGCCCGCCACCCCUUUCUCCAGUUUCACCCGCUUCACCCGUUACCACGUUUUCCACUCUAAGUCAAACAUCAAGCGUCGACCCGGAUACCAAUCACUGGGCAACCAAGAUUUUUAGCAAUUUGCCCAGUACUCCUCUAGAAGUGGACCCAAACCCGUCUUGCUGUUUCGGCGAUGUGGAUGCUCGGUACCGCAGGCGACCGGAUCCGGAAUAUGAGAGGAUCCUCCAACUAAAAUUCCCUGGCGGACUGAGGACAAAAUUCUACUGGCGUGCUCGCGAUUACCGCACCAAACUCGUCUGUGAAUGGUAUGACAAUCGGAAGAGCCCUCGAGUGUCUUGCUUCCCUCUGAGCGAAUUGCACAUCCGACGGUCUGGGUCAUUGCUAUACCUUUGCUGUCCCACAGUCCGUGGUUCUAGCACUUGUUGGACCAGCCUCAACUUCACUUCGUACGAAUGGCUUGUCAUCUUUCAUUGUACCUUUCUAUCGCUACGUUCUCACGACAGUACAUCGCACUUCCACAACAUCGACCAUGAUCUGGAUGGCGAGGUCCUCAAUUUUGCUGGACCAAUCCGUGACGGCGGCUACCGCCAUGUCCUCCGAUUGUACCGUGACAAGAAGACGGACGCCGUGCGCCUCGAAGCAUCUGUCCUUGACAAAGAAAUGAAAGACAGCACGCCCAUCUGGACUGCUUUCAUCACGCACAAAAUCACCUCGCCUAGUUGGUUUCGGUGGCCUAAGAACAGCUCCACUGUUUAUCUUGCCGAACUUCAACGCCAUGUCUUUUCUUCUGAAUACUCACCCCAUGUCCGCGCAAACGGCGAGCAUCUUCUGGACUUUGAAGUGUUUACAGACGCCGAAGACUUUGUCAAGACGCUCAAAGACUUGCGUGAGGAUGUUCGCAGACCGAAGCCGACCAAAAACGUCCGACUCUCUGCUGUAUGA